CGGGGUGUCUCUGCCUCUCCCAUUGAUAAAUCUGCUCCAGCACAGCAGGAAACACCCCGACGCUCUCACACUUGUUCCGCACAACCUCCCCUCCCUCUGCCCUCCACCAAAACUAAAAACAAAACGGAGGGAACAACCUGCUCAGGAACAAAAACAAAAAAGCCUCUGACAAGAAUGGCCUCAGACCCAUCGUCACCUGCGGUGGAGGAGGGUGUUGAAGAUGAGGAGGAUGAAGUGGACGUGAACGUUGAAGAGGCUGAGAAUGGGACCGCUGGAAAAAUCCACACUCCCAGGGGGACCUUGCUCACUCGCCGUGGGAUCACACUGCGUGUGCUUCUUAAAGACAAAGUUAUCCAGCCUGGGGAAGGCCUACUCUCUAUUCACUACUUAGGGAAGACGUUUGUGGGGGACCUACUGCCCGAUGGGAAGAUCAGGUGGCAAGAAACCAGCCAGGUGUUCAAUUCCCCCAGUGCCUGGGCUACACACUGCAAGAAACUGGUCAACCCAGCCAAGAAGUCAGGCUGUGGCUGGGCCUCUGUGAAGUACAAGGGGCAAAAGCUAGAUCAGUACAAGACCAUGUGGUUGAAGGAGCAACAGCCACCACUGCAGGCCGUAGAGACGAAUUUGCCCAGUGAAGGAGAAGAUGAGGAAGUUCAUGAAGAGGAAGACUUUGAGAACCGUGGCAGAAAGAACUCGAAAGUGAAUAACCAAGUUAAGAAGGUGGAAGAACAGAACAAGAAGCUGCCAGCUAAAAGCCCUCAAGACUCCAGUCUGACAGAUAAUGGACACAGCAUAAAGAAAGCUGCCAAAGAUCUAGGCCCUGUUCGAUAUUCUGAGAUUGGGAGCAGAGACUCUGGGAGGGAUCCUCACACACUCGUUGAACUUGCAUCAUUCACAUCUAUGAACAAGUUCCAGCCCUUUAAUGUUGCAAUUUCAAGUAACGUGCUACUGCUGGUGGAUUUUCAUUGCCACCUGACGACCAGUGAGGUGGUUGGCUACCUUGGAGGAAGGUGGGACACAAACACACAGUUAUUGACAAUUCUUCGAGCUUUUCCAUGUCGAAUACGGCUUUCUGACAAGGAUUCUGCCUCUGCAGUUGAAGAAGAGAUUUGCCAGAACCUGUUCCUGCGGGGAUUGUCACUGGUUGGUUGGUACCACAGUCACCCAUACACUAGUGCCCUACCCUCUCUGCAAGACAUUGAUUCUCAAAUGGACUACCAGUUAAAACUACAAGGAACCACCAACAGUUUCCAGCCAUGUCUAGCACUUAUCUGUGGGCCUUAUCAUCAAGGAAGCAGCAACUUGGAAUCAAAAAUGUCUCCAUUUUGGGUUCUUCCUCCCCCAGAGCAAAAGCCCAAUGAUUACGGCAUACCUAUGGAAGUAGAGAUGACCUACGUGCAGGAUACAUUUCUGACCUCUGAUGUCCUUCAUGAAAUGAUGCUGCUCCUGGAAUAUUAUAAAACAGCUCCAGACGUUGUGAAGUUUAAAGACAAGUGGAAUGAGGAGACAACCUAUUUAGACAAAGUUAAAAUGGAAAAAACAACAAGAUGCUGGAGGAACUCAGCAGGCCAGGCAGCAUCCGUGGAGAAAAGCAGACGGUCAACGUUUCAGGGAUCCUUGGCCAAUAAAACACCAAAGGACCAAAACUUUUUAAAAGUCCUGGAGCACAUUUACAAUCAGCUGGAGGCCUGCAGUUAGUUAACCUCAGCUGGAUUACUGGCAACACUGGAAAGGAAUAAAGCUGGAAAAAGAGAAGGGAAUGAGAGUGGUGAAUGUGGAAAGAGAUCAUCAGGGUGAAAUCCAAAUGUUAUUGUGUAGCGUUUUCUGGUUUUGAAUAGUUUUUGUGAUAGAGACAGAAAGCAAAUAUUGGCACCAGUUUACGAUUGUGGCCUGUCGGCAUCUAACCAUGAUAAAAUGGCAGUGAGCAUUGAGACCAUAAAAUGCUGAGGUCUUCAGUGACACUACAGUCAAGUAAUGAAUUGAAGAAUGUCGUGGGGGUGAUUUAUUUAAUUCCUAUCCCUUCUGUGCUAUCAUCCUGUGGCUUGUACCUCUGCAGGCACAGGAUGAGCUGGAAACUUACUGAGUUAGGUAAAGAGGUUAAAUCUCUAAAGCUCCCAUGCUGAAGGGAGCUGGAAACGGGAGAUGCAAGCCAAGAUAUUUACACAGUACUAGUUACUGACAUGCAGGUGAGACGGGCUGGGGAGAAUUGGCUGCAUUGUUCUAAAACUUGAAGUUGUUCUAAUUUGAAAAAAAAAUUGUAUUUGUUUUUAACUGUUUAGUACAAAAGUUAGACAUCUGCAUGGGUUAACCCUGAGGUUCAUUGGAUCUGCCAUUGUCAGAAUAGCUGGCAGAGAGUUUUACUACAUCCGCUCCUUUGCACAGUUGAGUUCAGGACCUUCCCUCACUGGAACAGUAAAUACCAGCGGUCUACAAUAGUGGGACACCCAUUAUAUUUUGUGACACUAAGCUCAGCUCUCCCAACUAUUCCACACUCUCCUCUGAGCCUGUAAGCCUUCCAACUUCAUGUGCUGUCCCUUCAUUGACUUUUCACCUUCCUGAAUACAGGGCACAUUUACAAUGGCAUUUGGGGAGGGGGGUCAGACCUGGAAGCUGCAUCCCUGUUCCUAUUUGACCCUCAGCAGAUUAGUCACUUCCUAAACCCUGGAGUUCACAUCCUCCGAAAUGUAACAUUGUUUUCUGACAGGACAGCAAGGAAGGAACAAAAGCAAUAUCAUUUCGGUGGGAUUCUCAGUAUGCAGGAAGGACCAAUAGAAACUGCCAGGAGUUGAGCUUAACAGCUGCUACGGGUAGGUUUCAAGUGAGAAAACAGGACUGUACAGGGAAUUGGAGGCACAGGUCUAAGUACAGUCAGCAUUGUAGCAUUCUUGUGAUAAUACUCCCCAGUCAUACAAAGUAAAGUCGUAUCUUCAAAGCUGAGGUUCACUCUUGCUUCAGUCACGAACCCAGCUGGACAAAUACUUGUCUGAAGUCUGUAACUGCUGUAGUUAAAAUGAUUGAAUUCUAGUGAGCCAGAUAUCUCGGGUAUUUUUCAAGGACCAUUUACUGCUGCUUUUGAAAAUGAUGAGAGGUGCCAUGCAUUAUUGCAGAGAUCUGGGGGGAGCAGAAACCCCUAACAUUUCCCCAACAUUCAGCAAGUCCUCCUACUGAGCAACAAAACAUUAAUCUUUCAAUGUUGGAGCUCUAAAUUAAUUGGCUAUUGAAGUGUUGGUCAGAAUGUUAAACCACUAGAUGUGUAACAGAGUUGUAGAGACCAGGUUUCAGCCAGGUCUGUUGUUGAAAUUAGCAAGGGUGGCGUUAGAGCUGUAGUGCAUUGGCCUCAGCACCCCUAGACCCAGCAAGUGGGAAAGUUCAGCCAGUCUGCACCUAUGCAACAGUGUGGACUAUUGAAUCAAAUAGCAUAUGGCAUUCACUCUGUAGGUUUACAUGAAAAAUGGUCAUUUGGAGUAGGCCCCUCGUGCUUGAGUUGGUGCUUUCUAAGGGAGAGCAGGAAUCACUGGGAUUGCUCAGGGAUAAACCUGAUUUGUAUCUAAAAUGGCAUUAGUUUGGAUGCUACUACAAUCCUUCUGUGAAGAUAUUUUGAAUCAACUCAAACUCUUCUGCUGGUUCAGCUUUAAAAGACUGCGACCUACCUACUGUGACAUGGCUCAUUGGGUCUAUGUUGGCAUCCAACAGGGUAAAAUCCCAUCAGUCCCAUUCCUUUCAUUUUUCCCGUAACCCUGCAACUUGAUCUUUCUAUAUACCCGUCAACUCCCUUGUAAUUCUUUUGCCACUUAACUACACCAAGGGGACAGUUAACAUACCAGUACUUCUUUGGGAUGUGGGAGGAAACAGAAGCACCCAGAAGAAACCCAUGUGCUCACAGGGAGAACAUGCAAACUCCACAUGGGCAGCACCCAAGGUUAGGAUUGAACCUGGGUCCUUGGAGCUGUGAGGCAGAAGCACUAACUGCUGCAUCCCAGUUCCAGGCCUACUUGCACUGUCCCACCAGUGAUAAUGAAGCAAAAUCUACCACCUCGCACAGUCAAUCCAUUUAAAAUGUCCUUUCCUCGAAACUGAUGUAAUAUGCGGAGGCUGUUUUGUGCUGCAGGAUUCUGGGCCCAUAGCCACGGAUACAAAAAGUCAGAUUCAAAGGCCAGCAAAAGCAUUUUCUUUGACCACCAGGUGGCACUGCUGCACCCAAUUGGCUGGCCUGUGGCAGUGACCAGAACAAACUUGCAUGCUUUUGCAAAACUAAUGUGAUGCCAUGAAUGUAUUAUGCUGGGUAAAGGCUUGGAAGGACCUCAAAGCGACUUUCCAAAGAGCAAGUCAUUGCAGCCAGGAAACAUAGAUUCCCCUGUUACCAUGUUACCUGUUUAAGUGAGUGCUUGUUGAGUUUGCCAUCUGUGGAAGCCAGAAAUGCAAAUUCUUGUGUGUGAUUUUUUUUUUGUAGGCAUUCCUCUAACAGGAGGUGGACUGCAAUUUUUCAAGGACAGAUGUGGGUCCAGAGUUGUUUCAGUAAUGCUCUAACACUUGUGAAUUUUGCUGGAAGGGUGUCUGCCAUCGGCAGCUCUCCUCAGUAUGA